AUGACAGUCGGGAACAUGGACAGUGCUGCACUGUUUGAUGCAGGGAAGAAAGGUCGAGGCCUGGAGGCCACCAAGGAGCUCAGCGCCGGGGAGGUGGUCUUCACCGAACCCAGUUUCGCCGCCGUGGUCUUCGACAGCUUCUUCUCUCAGGUUUGCCACAGCUGCUUCCGGCGCCAGGCCGACCUGCACCGCUGUGCUCAGUGUAAGUUCGCUCACUACUGCGACCGCACCUGCCAGACGGCGAGCUGGGACGAGCACAGGCAGGAGUGUGGCGCCAUCAGGAAGCUCGGGAAGGCGCCUGGCGAGCACAUCCGCCUGGCAGCUCGGGUCCUGUGGCGUAUUCACAAGACCAAGGGUGUGGCUUCAGACAGUCAGCUGAUCUCUGUGGACCAGCUGGAGGACCACGUGUCCGACCUGCCUGAGGACGAGCUGAAGCAGCUCCAGGCCGACGUCAGCACCUUCUCUCAGUUCUGGUCCCAAGGGAGGAAGAAGCACUCGGCUGAAGACAUCUCACACAUCUUUGGAAUCAUCAGGUGUAAUGGAUUCACUCUGAGCGAUCAGAGAGGUCUUCAGGCCGUGGGGGUCGGCCUCUUCCCGAACCUGUGUCUGGUGAACCACGACUGUUGGCCCAACUGCACCGUGAUCCUGAACCACGGCAACCAAUCAGCUCUGAGUUCUGCUCUGCAUUCUCAGAGGAGGAUCGAGCUGCGAGCUCUGGAGAGAAUCCCCGGCGUGGAGCUGAGCGUCAGCUACGUGGAUUUCCUCAACCUGUCCGCUGAGCGCCAGAAGAAGCUCAAGGAGCAUUUCCACUUCGAGUGCAGCUGUGAGCACUGCAGCCAUCACACCAAGGACGAGCUGAUGAUGGCCGCGGCCGAGGGAAGCAAAGCCGAUGAGGUGAAGGAGGUGACGGCCUUCAGUGAAGAUUAUCUGGAGAAGAUCGAGACGUCUCGCGUUGAGGGCGAUUAUCAUCACGUGGUGAAGCUGUGCACUGAAUGUCUGGAGAAGCAGGAGAACGUUCUGGCCGACACGCACCUCCUCAAGCUGCGUGUGCUCAGCGUGGCCAGCGAGGUGCUGUCCUACCUGCAGUCCUUCUCUGAGGCGGCCGACUACGCCCAGCGGAUGGUGGAGGGAUACACGAAGUUGUAUCACCCUAACAACGCCCAGCUGGGCAUGGCCAUCAUGCGGGCGGGGGUCACGCUCUGGCACGCUGGUCAGAUUGAGGCGGGCCACAGGAUGAUCUGCACGGCCUACGGGAUCCUCAUGGUCACACACGGACCAAACCACGCCAUCACCAGAGACCUGGAGUCCAUGCGAGCGCAGACGGAGAUGGAGCUGAAGAUGUUCAGGGAGAACGAGGUGGUGUACCACAGCAUGAGGGACGCCGCUCUGAAGAGCCCCCCCACCUGUUAA